AUGAGAGGGAGGGUCUGCCCAGUCCCCAGCCCAUGGUGUGUGUCUAGUGGGGGAGAUUUAAAAGGACGGGGAGGGUCUAAGCCAGAUGGGACUCAGCAUCUGUCAGAGAGAGAGAGGGACCCGGAGCAGGUGCCAGACACAGUGAGAGGGAACCUCCACACACAGCAGGACACACUGCCCACCAAGGCUCACACAGUGGAUGACACAGAGGGUGCAGGGAGGUGGCAGCUGGGGGGAUCCCUGGACGCCCCUCCAAUUAACCCUUGGAGCCCAGGACUGGGUGAGUUUAUCUUAUACUGUAAAUCACACUUUUCAUUGUGGAUGCAUUUGUUGUCUAAUAUUGUGCAAUCAUUAGCCCCUUUCUGGAGGGAGUCCUAUCCCUAUACACCUAUACCAUGUGCUGAUUUAAUAUUCAAUGAGGAAGAUAGACACCAUGCUAUUGUUAAUAUGCUGUCAUCAGAAAGAGUAAUUGGGUAGAACCAUGUAUGAAACUAACCAACAUUCUAGGUAACAUUACUAUCUUAUCGCUUGAAAGGCUCCCUUGUUAGUGUGCAUCUCACUACACCUGUUGCCAGGUUCGGGGCAUGAAAUGGGAUAGCAACGCUUCUAAUUUCUUUUAAAAUGUAUUAUCUGUCUCUGUGUGUAUCCGGGCAGUUUAUUUGAUUAUUAUAUCUACAGUGCUAUUUGACAAGCAGGCUAAAUGACAGAUCUGUUUGUCUCCAUUAAAGGAAACGUUAACUACUGCAUUGCCAUACACACACAACUGGCACAAGUCAUUGUACAGCUUUAUCACCAUAACAUCUAUGUAUGGUGCAACUAAAGCAUCCAUUAUCACUCCAUCUCAAAUUGGGAGGAUUUAUUUGCCAAAUGUAUUUUCUAAAAAAAAGUAUAGUAUGCAUCCUUUUCACAAUUAGUGACAAAAGCAAAUAUCUUCUAAGGAAUUACAGUAGUACAUAAGCAUAACUAAAAUUACAUGGCUCCCUAGUUACCCAUUUUAACUAUCCAAUGCCAAUGUUACAGCUGCCAAAAUAUGCCCCUACCAUGAAGAAUAGAAAUGUGAGGGUAAUCGGGUUUUGCCUUGCUUACUGAUCAGAGAUCAUCCUGGAUUAGGAAAGAGGUGAAGUAAGGCCAUGUAAAGCUAAGCAGGCAAUAAGAUAAAAGGGAGAUGGUGAUUAUAUAACAUUGCAAGGGUUAAUAAAUUCAUGCAAGAAAGAUUUUCUAUUGUGCUUAUGUUCUUACACAGUUUAUACAAAUGCUAUCAAAAUGUAUUGUUUGGUAAGAAUGAAGUGACUGUAUUAAUUAAUCUAUUUGUGUCAGUGAAAACCCCCCAAAACACACACAAUCCCCCUAGCCCCCCAAACCAUGUACAUGUUGAAGUAGGCCUCUAUAACAUUAUAGUGUUUGUGAGCACACUGUCACUGAGAGGUAAUCUAGGCACCCUAAGAACCCCAGGGAAAAAAUAAAAUAGUGCUAAUAAUGAUAUUUGCUAUCCGCAUUAAAAAUCAGCAGGAAAAACAACGUAAGUCUCUGCUUAGCGUACACCUUGUAUUUGAUGACACAUCAGCCAAUAGUGACUAAAUAGUUUACAGGAUUUCUAUCAAUUUAUGAAGUGAAAUUUGUUUUUCUUUUGAUUGCUAUGGGCCACACUGUUUUUGGAAUGUGUCACAAAACAGUUAGCAUUUCAAGAUUAAAACAAAUCAUGAGUCUUUAAUAUCUGAUGUGUGAUUCACUGAUUUACAGAUCCACACUGCACAAUGACGCUGAACAAGAGAGAAAAGCUGGGGUCACUACGACAGCACUGGGGAAGCCUUCCUCUUAAUUUUGAGCCACGACGACGUGGUAGUAUGCCACUACCCUACAAGCACCAGCUGAGACGUGCACAGGCUGUGGAUGAGCUUGAUUGGCCAAGUGUUCAUUCUGGAUCAUCAGAAUCUGUGAGGUCUUCAGAGAGUAUUCCAGAGCCAGGGGUCUACAAGGUGAUGCUUCUAGGUGACAGUGGAGUGGGCAAAACAACUCUAGCUGGCAUAUUUGGAGGGGCAGAAGAUACCUUCCACCAUGAAGCAGAACAUCCAGGUGACAUCAAUGGGGAAGUAUAUGGAGGGUGGACGGGGGACAGAUUAAUAAUGGAAUUUAAAGUAAGCAGAUUAUUCUAUCUUUAGAGGACACAUAUGAGCGGAAUCUGCUGGUUGAUGGAGAAAAGACGACCUUGAUAGUUUAUGACAUCUGGGACCAGGUAAGGAACAGUAAUUAAAUCCCACCUACCUUUUCACAAUCGUGUGCCAGGGAAUAUGCGGUCUUCCCUAAUCUUUGUAGUGUAGUACAGCUAAAGAUAUAUAAAUAUCUGUAUAAAUACUCCAAAAACGUAUUGUUAAAAAAAAACACUUUCUAGCCUGCCCUCCAGUUACUUCCCAUGCACGGCACAAAUACGUUUAAGCUCAGUUGUCCUGUUACAUACAUAACCUAGUAGUUUAGAACCAAAAUGUUAGGUAACAGCUCCAUGAAAAAUACAACAAUCCCAGAACAUCACAUUGACCUUAUCAAUGAGGCAUAGGUGAUUUUUCUCUAGGUAAAGUGAAUAUGAGGUCUAAUUCUAGAUAUCCUUCCCCUACAAGCUACCAUCAAUGUCCUGUAUCAAUCUCCCUGUCUGGCCCACAGAGUUGGAUGCAGGACAACUGUCUACAGAUGGGGGAUGCAUUCCUCCUCAUAUUCUCUGUGACAGACCGUGCCAGUUUUCAGCGCCUUCCUGGUUUACUACUACAGCUACGAACAGCUCGGCCACAUCGCCGCAUCCCCAUAAUCCUCGUUGGCAAUAAGGGUGACCUGGCUCGCUCCAGAGAAGUCAGCGUUGAAGGUAUUUUCACCUUUUGAAAGGCAGUCACUGUUAAACAGUUUGAAUCGUAACACAAAAAGCUUACGAACAAAAAAAAAGUUAUACUUAUAUUUCAAUUCUGUAUCUUGCACCAUCGCCCAAUUUAUUCACACAGCAUUUGGAAAGUUAUUUGUUAAUGUAUGUUUCGUAUGAACCUAAAGGAUUAUUAUCUUUUGUUGGUCACUCUCUUUCCAGAGGGGCGCUCUCUGGCAGGUAUGCUGAGCUGCAAGUACACAGAAACAUCAGCAGCUCUCCAUCACAAUACUCAAGAGCUGCUUGAGGGUGUGGUGAGACAAAUCCGCCUUUGCAAAGAUGAAGGAGAGCAUACACCCCAACCUGCUACAUUGCUUCCUCCGGGCCGCAGGGAGAGCUUGACCAAGAGGGCUCGGCGUCUCUUACAGGGGCUGAUGGGAAAACAUCGUGGUUUCUUCAAGCAAAGAUCAAAGUCCUGCCAUGACCUUUCUGUACUGUGACUUACAGACUACCCUCUCCAUAGACAUCGAAGAGGUCAGACACAGACUGAGUCAAGCUUAGACUGACACAAGGGGAGGCAAUGACUAUGUGGACAUGCUAGUACACUAUGCGAGCAUAGUAGGCAAAGACUGAUCAGUCAAUCUCUUAUCUGACCAAAAACUCUGGAAGGUAAAAUCCAGUGUCUGACAGCAUAAUAAUGUCUGCUUUGUGGCAUUCAGCCACAGGAUAAAGUUGGUCCUACACUACGACCAUUGUGUUCCAAACACCAUGCAUUCAACACAGGAUGGAAUCAUGAGUUGGGGAUUACACCCAAAUAUCAUGUCUAGUCACCAAGGACUAGUUGCCUUUUGAAACUACCAUCAGAUCAUACCUCUCUAUACUGCUAUCAUUACUACACAUUAUGUACAACCUUUCAAAACAUUAUACAUACCACAAUUAAACACAAGUGCUUCAUACUUAUAGUAAAGGCGAGGUAUAUUGAAUAGAUAAUGCAGGAACAUAGUAACAAACUAUUAGAGGCAUUGCAUGUUAUUGACCAUUGUCACUGUUUUUUUACUGUAAAAAAAUCAUCUGCAUAAAUAACGUGAUACUGUUGCGUGCAGGCAAUGUUGGUUAGAAGUAUAAUAACAUAAUAUGUGGUACAGUACCAUAUAUGAAGUGUAGAAUGAAGACGGGUAUAGAAAAGAUAUCAGGCGGCUGGGGGAGAAGGUGCAUGUCUGAUAGUGGGGGAGGUAAGGGAGAUGGGAGCUACAGUGGUAUUUUUGGGCACGCUUUAUUAUUAUAGGCAUUUAUAUAGCAUCAACCUAUUCCACAGCACUUAACAAUAAUACAAAAGUGAGAAUUUAACAAUCAACUAUUUAAAAAUUUGACCGGAACAAUAGGUUGAUGAGGACUUUGCUAUAGAUCUAUCUGAGAACAAAAAUUGCUUCCUCUUAGUGAAGUGCUUUCAGUGCAUAGAUCCUGCCGCUUUGCUGUUGAAAAUAAAAUCGAAAAACAGCACUGUUUCCUUUUCUUUUUGCAAUGUCCACACCUCUAGUGGCUGUCAG